GAAAAAAAUCCCCUCUUUCAAGCUCAAACUGUAGAGCGCAGGGAAGAGGGUGAUGCUGCUGCUGGUGCAGAUCUGUUUCUGGUGUAGAUCUGUUCGUGGAGAUGGUAAAGUACAGAGGCUCUUCCCUCAUGAGAACCUCUUCGACAACCAAAUUCCUCUCUCGUAUGAAAUCUCUCAAGAAAAUUGCUCUUCACGUUGUCGUCCUUUUGGCCUUUUCAAUCUUGGUUUUCGUCUUCAAAACUCAGAGCAUUUUGGAAGAGGUGCUUCUACUCUCCCGGUCCCAGGAAUCUGAGUCUGAGUCUCAACAUUUGCAGGCAUCUGUGGGAAAACUUUGGGAUGCUCCCUUUAGUAAUGGUUUACAUCCAUGUAUCAAGCUCUCUGCCAAGUACGAAGUUAUGCCAUCUGCCCUAGGAUCUAACCGGUUUCUAACUGUGAGAAGCAAUGGUGGAUUGAAUCAAAUGCGUGCUGGUAUAUCAGAUAUGGUGGCUGUGGCACACAUAAUGAAUGCCACCUUAGUGAUUCCUCAAAUGGAUAAGCGUUCCUUUUGGCAAGACUCAAGUACAUUUUCUGAUAUAUUUGAUGAGCUUCAUUUCAUCACAACAUUACAAGGAGAUGUGAGGAUUGUUAAAGAGCUUCCCAAGGAUUUGGAGUCUAUUCCUCGGGUGCGGAAGCACUUUACUUCCUGGUCUGGCAUGGGUUACUACAAAGAGAUGACACAGCUGUGGAAGGACUAUCAGGUGAUACAUGUUCCUAAAUCUGAUUCUCGACUUGCAAACAAUGAUCUACCUCCUGACAUACAGAGGUUGAGAUGCCGUGCAAUGUAUCAUGCACUCCGCUUCUCUGCCCCAAUUGAAAGCUUAGGAAAGAAGCUGGUGGAACGGCUCAGAUCGCAUCGAGGAAGAUAUAUUGCACUUCACUUAAGAUAUGAGAAAGACAUGCUUGCUUUUACUGGCUGUACUUAUGGUUUGACUGAUUCAGAAUCUGAAGAGUUGAGAAUAAUGAGGAAGAACACAAACCAUUGGAAGGUUAAGCAGAUAAACUCUACAGAACAGAGGAGGGGGGGCUUCUGUCCUCUAACUCCUAAGGAGGCAGCAAUAUUUCUUCAAGCUCUUGGUUAUCCUCCAUCUACACUAAUUUAUAUUGCAGCAGGUGAUAUCUAUGGUGGUGAUGCUCACCUUUUAGAGCUCAUGUCCCGUUUCCCAAAUUUAGUAUUGAAGGUUGAUCAGUUUGUUUAUGGCUCAAUGGGAGUGUCAAAAUAUUCUAAUGUUCUGAAAUCUACCACAAGGUGUCUUCUUAGUUGAUUUCUUAUUGAUGACAGGAAAAGCUGGCAACAGAGGAAGAGUUGAAACCAGUUGCCAAUCAUGCAUCUAAAACUGCAGCACUGGAUUACAUCAUUUCUAUAGAAAGUGACGUGUUCAUUCCAUCAUAUUCAGGUAAUAUGGCAAGAGCUGUUGAGGGGCACCGCAGAUUUUUAGGCCACCGCAAGACAAUCAACCCAGACAGCUGGUUCUAUUAUAUCGGUAGCCAUCAAAAGAACCUUUUCGAGUACUCAAUGGAAAUGUCGAUUCAUGGUCUCCCCUGAAUGUUGAAAACACUCUUGUACAUCUCUAUUACUAGCACCUCAUCCCAAUGUAUAUAAAAACAUUCCUAGCAUCUCAGCAUACCCAUCCUUCUUGUGCCCUUGAGGUUAUAUUUUGUUUCAAGCUCACACAACAAUAAGAAAAAAGUAUCUUUUGUCAUCCUAAACAUAUUAAAACAUCUUGCUUCCUGACCUUGAAAAAUAUCCCUCAACCUUUUUUCACCAGUUUGGUAAGAUAUCAUACAUGGUUGUUUGUAAAAUAUAUGUAUUAGCAUAAAUCUCAAUCAAGCAAGCACUAAUAA